CUUACACUUCAUAUGCUUCAGAAAGCGCUGCCCUUAUCUCCAGAUCUUACUACGCCCUUUACAGCUGUGGGAACUCUGCAUCUGCCCGCACUGUCCCAAAAACUGCCCUUGACGUCUGGGUCCCCCUCGGCGGCCGUAGCGGUUUUGAGCCUGCACCGCGCCCAGCGCCCUCCACCUUCCAGCGCGCUCCCUGUGCGUCGCAGACCUCCGAUAACGAGGCUAGAUACUGUAUACACCACAUUGGCGGCGAGUUGACGUACCCCCGCCCGGGCGCAUUAGGUGCUAUGAGCGCCCACAAUGGAGCCACGAUGGGCGCAUCAACAACGGCGCCCACCACUACCAACGACGAUACGACGAACGGCAGCGCGACGAGUCACAUAGACAGUGCUCCAAGAGCAACAGUGGAGAAGGACGAGCGACGACAACCUUCGCCCGCGACUACCCCCACACGCCGACCUGAGGUCGAGGAGCUUUCUCCAGUAACUCGCCCAGGGCCUUCGACAGCUGCUGCGACGAUAAUCUCAGCGGUACCAGCACCUACCAUGAUCAUAACUGAUCCAAUCGCCGCUGCCGAGGUUCUGGGUGGCUUCGACGACCAUGCCGAUGACCGCUCGAGUAGCCUCAGCGAGCUCGGAGACGCAUCUGAUGUCGAGUCUGAGCAACCCACACCACGACCUACCGCAACGGCGGAGCUCAACGAGAAUGACUCGGAGGCCGAGACGGAGCGAUUGGAAGAGACACCACGAAAGCUCAUGCGCACCGUGACGGAUACGUCAUUAGCUUCGGAAGCUCUGUACACACGAACACCCAGCAAGCUGAUGCAUUCUAAAACGAUAGAACACGAUGAGUCUGCCCCACCUACGCCCUCAGACGUCGCCGAAGAUGAGACCAUGGAAGACGCAGACGAGCCCCAGGACCCAUUGCAUGCCCUGUCCUUAGCAGCUGCUUCAGAAGCUGCGAGCCUCGAGUUGGCAGGAAAGAAGAGAAAGCGGAUGAGCGCUCGGGGCACGCCUAUCGACGAUCAGGACGACGAGCCCGCACGAAAACGCAGCGCGUCUGCAAAGGUCGCGGCAUACAACGGCACAACAGAGGAUAUCAUCGAGAGCUCUGAGCGAGUCGACGCAGAAGAGGAGCUAGAUCAUGCUGAGGAGCGUCUGGACGAUAUUGCCAGGGAGGAAAUCGAUCUCGAAGAGAGGCAGGCCAACCUUGCGGCCGAAGCUGUAAGCGAGCUUGCUACGGUUGCGAAGCACACGAAACCCCGUAAGGGUGGCAGAAGAGGGAAGCGAAAAGCUGAGGACUCCACCUACGCUUACACGGAAGCUCUCGCGACAGCCGAGACCGUUGAUGGUGAUAUCGAGGGCGACGACAACGAAGAGGAUAGCGCAGUACUUGAUGAAGAAGUUGCUAAGAAGAAAAGUGCAAUUGACGAGCUUGCAAAGAUCGAGAAGAAGUUCAAGCUCUUCCGCGAGAAGCUUUGCGACGAGCAAAUUGCACAAUACGAACGAGAGCUCGAAAUGCUCAAGCAACCCAACUGCCAACACCCCGAGUACCUUGCAAUGAUCAAGUGCAUAGACGACCGAAGAGCGGAGAAGAUUGACUACGAAAGAACACUGCUCGAGCUGAAGCAGGACAAUUUGGUGACCAUUACUGCCGCUACGAGGCAUCAGAUGCACAGCCAAUAUUUCCAGACAGUGAGACAGCUGCGAGAGGACGUUUUGGAAGAGUGCAACCAGCGUGUCUUUGAGCUACAGCGUGGCAGGCGAUCGCUAGGCUGCGACGAGACUGAAUACAUGAUCAAGCUUCCAGAGAAGCGCUCCGAUCAGAUAAGACACCAGACGGCAUAUAACCUCGAGGUUUCCAUCUUGUCUGGUGUGGCCAAGUAUGUUGGCUUCCCAGCUGCGCCAGACAUCAGUGCGGCACGGCCUACCGAGAUCGACGAGGAUCUUCGAGCAAUGAAGAUCGCAACACGUCCCGCAUUACCAGCGCCGCCACCAUCGUUCCGCACUUAUAAUCAGAGGACCACAGCAGACGAAGUAGCUGCAGAGAGCGAGUUCCUCGAGAGCACACCGUGGGCGAACCCAAGACAUCCUUCGCAUCAGGAGACCCGCUCACAGCAAGAGUCUCGCUUUGCCCCAGGGCCAUCACGCGUACCCAGCUAUCAGACACCAGCAGGGCAAAGACGCAUCGUCGACCUCAAUGCGCCUAAUGGCUCUGCAUCAACAAUCGAAGCAAAUUCGAACCCUCCAUCAUCCAACGCACAUAACACGAACGGUCGGAUAGGCGAGUCAGAAUCACCGGUCAUGCAGAUGAAACGACCGCCGACAGAAUACACAGCGUACACCGAUACACCAGGUUCGCACCCGCGCAACAUGGGGGUUCUAGGCCGGGAGGCAUACAGUAUCUUGUCAAGUCCGGCUGCACACCACGCCGAACCUCAGCUGCAUGAGCCCCCAACACAACGCUGGGGCGUCACGUCGGGCUCACCCGCCAUGCCCCCUGGUCCGCCUGGCGCAAGAGCACCAUUGACGCAGCGUAGCGGCCUUGGUAUGAGUGUAGGCGGUGGCUUGUUUGGACGAUGAUGAGCAAGUUCUUCGAUUUGUUGUACAUGACCUGUUUGUUUGCGUUUUGACGGCAUUGCACCAACUCUUUGGCAAGCGGCGCCCGGCGUUCCUUUUCGAUUUACCUGCAUCUGUGGAGGCAUCCGGCGUGUUGGCCUUUGCGAAAGGAAGGAAGCGAUGCAUAUCAUACCCUCAUCUAUCGGCAUUUUUGCAUGCGGUCAGGUCAUCUCCGCCUCAAUAUCUACUACUCCUCGCUUUGGGUCCUGAUGUGUUGCAUACCUCCAGCCAUCACGAUGACUAUGUUCUGUUUCCCAACCCAAUCACAUUCUUCAUAUCACUCGCUGCAUAUGUUCAAAGUGAAUCAACUGUUUGUUCAAGCAUUGGUGUUUGUGCACGCAAAGCACGGUUCUUGGGUUGGAGAUCCUCACCAAAGAUGUUCAACAACUCACUGUUCUUCG